GUGGCUGUGGUCGUCGCCAGCCUCAUCUACCUCAAGUCGUCGCCGCCGCCGCCCAAGGCGGAGACCACGGCGACGCCGGCGAGCGUCGGCGCCCUGAUGCGCGCGCGGCGGUCCAUCUUCCCGAAGGACUUCGCGAGCGACCCGCAGAUCCCGCGGGAGGCCGUCGAGCGCGCGCUCGCGUGCGCGAAUUGGGCGCCGACGCACGGCAAGACGGAGCCGUGGCGCUUCGUCGUCUUCGAGGGCCCGUCGGGCGUCGACAAGUUCCUGGCCAUGAAGCACGCGGCCAUCGCCGCGCAGCCGGGCCUGCCCGAGGACGCGCGCAAGGCCGCGCUGACCAAGGCCGAGAAGAAGGCGAAGGACCUGCGCAAGUGCGCCUACAUCAUCGCCAUCUGCGUGAAGCGGCUCCGCAACGCGUCGGACAAGCUGAUGCCCAUGUGGGAGGAGGUCGCGGCGACGUCCAUGGCCGUGCAGAAUCUCCACCUCGCGCUCUGGACGGAGAAGGCCUACGGCUACUGGUCGAGCGGCGGCUACAAGGGCUGGCUCGACGUGCCGGACGUGCGGUCCAUGCUCGGCAUGGACGGCGACGUCGACGGCGAGCGCGACGACGUCCUGGGCUUCUUCUUCGUCGGCGCGGCGACGGAGGAGAAGGUCCGGGGCUACCGCGCGAAGCGCGGCGACGUCGCCGCGAAGACGACGUGGUACUAG